AUGGAUAUCUCCUCAGAAAAUACUAUACCCGACUCAAAUAAAGCGAAUUUGCCAAGAUACUGUUUGUUUGUUGCGCUUGUCUCUGUUCUUACCUCGUUCCAAAAUGGAUGGAAUACUAGUGUUACCAAUGUGCCUGAGCACGUAAUAAGAGUCUGCGCAAAUCAAAGUGGGAAUAGCUCGCUACCAGCUUGUUUACCAGCGAAUAAUUUAUUAUGGGGUUUCGCGGUAGGAAGCUUUGCGCUUGGUGGUCUGAUUGGUGGCCUUUCUGCUGGGCACUUGCAAACUAAAUUCGGCCGACACCGUACAUUGAUGGUUAAUAAUGUCAAUUUCAUAUUAGGUGCAUUGAUUUUAGGAUUUUCUGUGAGACCUUCAAUGUUUGUUAUUGGAAGAUUAUUAGCCGGAAUUGGAAGUGGGAUCGGCACUGUGACUGUUCCCACUUACUUGGGGGAAAUCGCAACUAUAAAUGCGCGUGGAUUUUUCGGAACAAUUAAUCCUUUAUUCAGCGUUAGUGGAAUAGUCGCUACUCAAGUAUUAGGAUUUUUAUUAGAAUUUUAUCCAGGCUGGCGAAUAUUACUUGCACUCAACGCCGUGCCUGCAUUAGCACAAAUAUUGUUGCUUCCGUUUUGCGUUGAGUCACCACGAUAUCUAGUUUCACAGCAUAAAAUCGACGAAGCCAAAGAAGCAUUAAGACGACUUCGACACGGAUUCAGUAUAGACAACGAAUUCAAUGAGAUUUUCGAAGGACAAAAAGAAAUUGAAGUGGAAGUAGCAUGGGCAGGACAAGAAAAUAAGAUCACAAUGCGCAAAUCCUUAACAUUUGUUGAAUUGUUUAAAGAAAAACGACCAUGUAGAAAGAUAACGUUAAUUUGUCUGGGUCUGUCAGUUUUGCAACAGUUGAGCGGAAUUAAUGGAAUCAUUUAUUACAGUAAUGAGAUCUUUUUUAACGCCUUUCAUGAAGGGGCGAAAUAUGCAACUGUCGGAAUAGGCGUUAUAAUUUUAAUCGUCACUAUUAUUUCUCUUGGACAGAUUGAUAAGAUAGGACGAAGAUUUCUUUUGCUUACAUCCGAAAUCGGAAUAUCUGUCAUAUCUAUUGAUAUCAGUAUGUUAUGCAAUUCGCCACGGACAAUAAUAGUUGAAAUUGAUACUCAUUCAUCAUACAAUAAAAUAGCUGUAUUUUUCGUCGCUUCGUUUUCUAUCGGACUUGGACCUAUUCCAUCUCUAAUUAUCGUGGAAUUGGCACCAACAUAUAGUGUCAGUGCAACCGCAUCUGCUGCAAUGGGUCUAAACUGGUUUUUUAACUUUUUAGUCGGUUUGGCGUUCCCAGUGCUCAUAGGAACAUUGAAAAGUUGGACUUUUCUUAUUUUCGCUAUAAUUGCGAGUAUUGGUUUUAUAUUGAUAUAUAUAUUUAUUCCAGAGACUAAGGGUCGUAGUAUCGAAGCCAUAAGUCGAGAAAUUCGAGGAGACAUAAUAGACUUGAAUAGUAACGACAUAACUUCCGAUAACCGAAAAAUAGGAGGUAUUAUCACGAUAGAAGUGUAUUCGAACCUCUUUACACUCGGAUACGAAAAAAUAGAGGCAUGA